AUCGCGCUCUGCGCGUCGUUCCCCUGCCCCUCGGCGCGGCUGCUGGUCCGAUGCCGUUUCUCACAGGCAACAAUUUUUGCCUUCCUUAGCUGCUGCCGUUUGUCCCGAAUCCCCUGCAGGUUUCUUGCUGUCUGCUACCGAAGUGCUUGUUAACAGAGUGCAACGCGCUCGCGAUGCCCUUUGGCCUCCUCAGAGUAUUUAGCGUUGUGAUCCCUUUCCUGUACGUUGGAACUCAGAUCAGUAAGAACUUUGCAGCCCUACUGGAAGAACAUGAUAUCUUUGUCCCAGAAGAUGACGACGACGACGAUUAAAGGAAUUGGAAUGGAAGAACAAAAAUGAGGAAGCCAUUGGCAAAGAAAUGGUUCUGACAUCUGUCACCUGUUUUGCCCUUCCUAAGGAGGAGGACAGGGGGCGCUGCAUCCCCUUUGCCAGUAAAUGUCCUAUGCAUGUCUGUAUGAGAGAAAAUUGUAGCUCAGGGUGGAAGGGAAUAAUUGAUAGGACUACAUCCUUGCAUACACUGUCUUCACCUCACAGAAGACUGCUUGGGAUUCCUUUCAUUAGCUAAACGGAAAACAUAAUUAAAGAACAACAGACUGAGAA